GUCAAUAAGCAAAUCCACUCAGAGUAUCACCUAGGGGUUUUGUAUUUUCCCGCUGCAUAUUUGAAUGGAUGACCUGAAGGACUUUCUGGAACAACAACAGGCUCUUGCAGAGAUGCCCGAAGGCGACAUUGACGAACUUGAAGCAAGAAUGUUACGGCAGGCAAAGAGGAGAAACUUGUGGAAAGCAGAUGGGCCCUCUGCGAGUCCUUCCCAGAAUGAACGAGAAGCACAUGAAUUUUCAACCUAUCUUCAAUCUUUGGCCGCUUCUGAGGAAGUUCUCCACGGAUUAACUAACGAUGAUGGAGGCAGCUAUAACAUUCAAACCAUCGGGAACGAUAGACCCAGCGUCAGUCGCGAAGCUACAGCCAUCUCACAUGAGUUGCGUUCGUCCUCGGACCUCUUGUUCAUCUAGAUUACUCAUUUCAUACGCACGUCUUGAUUCUUACUCCUUCGACAGACUUCCAUUGUCCGAGGUUGUUGAGAGUAGCAUGCCUAGCCGUACUAGCCUGCGAAACUCUUUCCCAUCGAGUACUGAACGAGGGUCAUCGUCGGCCGUUCGUGCACACGCUCCACCUUUUGACCGUGCCGAGAAUGUGCAAAUAGACAAUAAAAAUGAUGCUAUUGAGCACUUUCCGGGACAAGACGCGUUUAAUACCCCAAGCCCUUCAAAGAAGCAACAUUCAAGAGUCUCGAAGAACCAACGACUGAAUUUGCGGGAAAAAGUCUUGAAGAAACGAAAGGAGCCAGACUCCGAUGAACGGACACCGGCUAA